AUGACACUAAACACAGAACCCCAGCAUCACGUGUCCCUGAGGUCGGUACAGCAACUUGCCGUGCCUAUUCGAUUGCGGGCGGUCCUGAACUGUCCUGUGGAUUCCCUGCAGGACCAUGAACGAAAGGCCUUGAACUCUCAUGGCUAUUUCCACAAUAUUAGCAUCAAGGAUCCUCUUAUAUUUGAACGCUGCCAUUUACCGCGCUCCAGAACUGAGGUUCGGGGAAACAUUGGCUUCACUGAAGGAGUUCAUGCAUGGGAGAUAUGCUGGCCAAAACAGUUCAGGGGAUCCCAUGCUGUCAUUGGCGUUGCUUCCAAGGACAAACCCCUUCACUGUGGUGGUUACCAGGUUAUCGUCCUGGACAUGCAAGAGGGGAACCUGUCAUUUUACAUCGACGGCUUCUGUUUGGGAAUCGCAUUCUGUGGUCUGAAGGGGAAGACGCUGUACCCUACAAUCAGCUCAGUGUUUCCCAACUGCCAGAUCUCGAUCAAAUAUAUCGGGCCUUGCGACU